CCAAGACCAGAAAGGUGGAAUGCUUUUCAGUUAGAAUUAAACGAUCGUCUGGUUCUGAAUAAAAAUAGUCAGUGUUACUCUCUCGAAGAUAGAGAAAAAAAAUCAUCGAGACAAAUCUAAUUACGAGUUCCAUUGUCUGAACGCUAAUUUCAACCGCUGAAAUGUGAAUUAUCAAUUUCGAUGACGUUAUAGUCAAUGUUCAGGCUAUGGCGAGAUUGUGGUGGUAUGAAAUAAUAAUUUCGCGUUAAAUCAAUAUCAUUAGCAUGAUCAUUGAUUAUUCACACGAUAAAGAAGAAAUAGAAAAUCGUCGCGACAGAUAGACAUCGGUAAACAGCAAUUUGAAGAGCUACAGGAAUAACCAUCAAUACUCCAAUCACUCCACUCACAUAUGAUCGGGGCAUCCAAUAAUUUGAGUUCCAAAAGAAGAAUUCCCAAAAGAAGAAUUCCCAAAAGAAGAUAAACUAAGAUUAUUGUAAAUGCCAGUAUCGUUUUCAUUACGCCACGCAUAUCUGGCAACCGAACCAGAUCCCAGAAUGAUGAGGAAUCCGGUUGAUCUGUAUGUCGUAGCAGGAACGCCUCCACUUCCACGUCGUUUGGUAUCUUUUCAAUUGCAGAGUCAUUGACGCACCGUCUUUCCAAGUUGGUUGAUUACAUUGUACAGUGCCCGCGAUGGAUGAUACUAUUAGCCCAUUUGAUUACAGAAAUUUCACUGAUGAAAAUAACAUUCAGGAGACCGAAUGCUCUGGGAGAUCGUUGGCGACGAUGCUGGUGGCCUGGGUGAGUGCAGCAAUGGUGGCUUCAGUUCUUUUGCACUGGAAAUACAUGUGGAUAGCACUAGCUGUGUUGACACUGCUCUUUCUAAUAGCCUGCGGCUACGCAGCCUUCACAACCCGGAGGAACAUACAACGUGAUAUUCAAUCAAAUGAGGCAUACAUGGACCAAAGAAGCAGGGAAAUAAACUCAGUAUCUGGUGACCUCGCUCCUUGCGAUGAUAGAUCGGAGCCCCCGGCCUAUCAGAACUAUUGGAUAACCGAUUUACCACCACCGUAUGCCGUUGUGAUUGGCGUUGAACAAGCCCCACCAUCAUCACUGGAGAGAGCUCAAUCACCACCUCCAAGAUUAUCAAAUCCACCACCUUAUUCAGUAGCUGUACAACAGGAUAACGCAACAUCACCCUCCGUUCAAUCCCAAUCACCAAUUUCCCACGUCAAUUCCAGAGAUGCAACAGCUGCAAUAACCAUUAACGAUGACAAAGAUACUACUGAACAAUCAAGAUGUGGUCACAGUCACGUAUUACCUGGUGCACAGUAUUUCAGUUAUUUUUUAAGCACGCGAUUUGGAUUGGCCAGAUCUAGGAAUCUCGAGAUAAACUCAACCCAGAGUUGUCAGGAGGAUGGACGUAAUCAAGGGAAUCAGGAAUUAUCUGGUGGUUCAUCCAGAUUGGAUAAUACCUAGACUAAUCCAGAGACACGGAUUUGAUUCGUCAUUAUUGUACCUUGAUAGCUCAUUCAGAGAAUAAAUUCAUUUUCA